UCCCUGUUUACACUCGCUUGCAAUCCAUUCGUGCUUCGUCUGCUGUGCCAGAGGGUAAAAGAUGGCCGGAAGACUCAGCUGGUCCGCAAUCAGUGUUGCUAGGCGGAGCUUUGGUCUACAGUUGCGGGGAAGUCAAGCCCAACUGAUUAACUCUAGGACCUUAUCCUCAGCCCUUGGCGAGGAGCAGCCAAAUUUUCCAGGAUCUAGAUCAAAAUGGACAGAAAAGCUAGAGUUCGUUCAGCCAGAUCUUUACGAUGGAAUUCCUGUCUAUCGUGUUAUGAACCGGAAAGGAGAAGUUAUAGACCCUGCCUAUGACCCAAAGCUUGAAAAAGACACCCUUGUGAAAAUGUACAAGCGCAUGACUAUGUUGAAUACCAUGGAUCGUAUCAUGUAUGAAUCCCAGCGUCAGGGCCGCAUAUCUUUCUACAUGACUAACUAUGGUGAAGAGGGGACCCACAUUGGCUCAGCAGCUGCUCUAGAUGAUAACGACUUGGUUUAUGGCCAGUAUCGUGAAGCUGGUGUGCUCAUGUGGCGAGGUUUUCCACUGGACCGCUUCAUGAACCAGUGUUACGGCAAUGAAGGCGAUAUGGGAAAGGGUCGCCAAAUGCCCGUCCAUUAUGGUUCAACAGAACAUAAAUUUGUUACCAUCUCAUCACCACUGGCAACACAGAUGCCUCAAGCUGUUGGAACUGCUUAUGCAUUCAAAAGAGCCCAGAAUGGGUUGUGCGUUAUCUGCUAUUUUGGUGAAGGGACUUCCAGUGAAGGGGAUGCACAUGCAGCCUUCAAUUUUUCUGCGACUUUAGAUUGCCCAAUCAUAUUCUUCUGUCGUAACAACGGCUAUGCCAUAUCAACACCUACAAGUGAACAGUAUCGUGGAGACGGGGUUGCAGCACGAGGACCUGCAUACGGCAUGGCAACUAUCCGUGUUGAUGGAAAUGAUGUCUUUGCUGUGUAUAAUGCCACCAAAGCAGCAAGACACCUGGCCGUGACAGAGAACCGUCCUGUACUUAUUGAAGCUAUGACUUACAG